CACAGGCAGCCAGAAGCCGCCGGGCGACCCCUUCACACGCGCGCAACUCCGGACUCCCGCAGCCGUGGCGCUGCCGGAGUAGCAGGCGGCUCAGAGGGGCCCGAAUUCCGGGGCAGCAGCGGCUGCGUCCCCGCGGGAUGGAGCUGGGAGAUCAAUAGGGCCGGAUCCUCCGCCGCCUGCCCGGCUGUGCUGAGUUUCCCUUGCGCCCGCGCUGGCUUGGAUGCUCCGGGGCGCAGAGCCCAGGAUGGCGGAGGCGCAGGAGCAGAUCCUGGAUAUGGGAACUCGUCACCACACUGUGACAAAAGCAGAAGUUCCUGAUCAUAUCCUUUACAUUACUGGAACCUGUGUUCUUAUAAUUGGAUCUAUUGGAGUUAUAGGAAACCUUUUAGUUCUCUAUGCAUUUUACAGCAACAAGAAGCUGAGGACACCGCCAAACUACUUUAUAAUGAAUUUGGCUGUGAGUGACUUCCUGAUGUCUGCUUCACAGGCCCCCAUUUGCUUUAUCAACAGUUUGCACAAAGAGUGGAUACUUGGAGAAAUAGGUUGUGACCUGUAUGCUUUUUGCGGGGCGCUCUUUGGAAUAACCUCAAUGAUGACUUUAUUAGCUAUUUCCAUUGAUCGAUACCUUGUGAUCACUAAGCCUCUGCAAUCCAUGCGGUGGACUUCCAAGAAACACACAUCGCAGAUCAUUGUUAUUGUCUGGCUCUACUCGCUGGGAUGGAGCGUGGCUCCGCUUCUUGGGUGGAGUUCCUAUGUGCCAGAAGGGUUGAUGAUAUCUUGUACAUGGGACUAUGUAACCUAUUCCCCAGCAAACAGAAGUUACACCAUGAUGUUAUGUUGCUGUGUGUUUUUCAUUCCCCUGGUUAUAAUAUUCCAUUGCUAUUUAUUCAUGUUUCUGGCCAUAAGAAGUACUGGCAGGGAUGUUCAGAAGCUAGGGUCCUAUGGUCGUAAAUCCUACCUCUCGCAUUCCAUGAAGAAUGAAUGGAAGCUGGCAAAAAUUGCUUUUGUGGUCAUCGUUGUGUUUGUCUUGUCUUGGUCUCCAUAUGCUUGUGUCACCAUGAUUGCAUGGGCGGGCCAUGGCAACACUCUAACUCCAUAUUCUAAAUCUGUGCCAGCUGUUAUCGCCAAAGCUUCUGCAAUCUACAAUCCUAUCAUCUAUGCAAUAAUUCACCCAAGAUACAGAAAAACCAUUCGCAGUGCUGUUCCUUGCUUGCGAUUUUUCAUACGGAUAUCAAAGAGCGAUCUCUCAUCAGGUUCUAUAAAUGAAUCAUCAUUCAGGGCCUCUGUCUCCAGCCGUCGCUCUUUUGCCUCCAGGAACAAGAGUAGUUGUGUUUCAUCAGUUUCCACUGGAGAAGCAGCUUGGAGUGACGUAGAGCUUGAACCAGUGGAGCCAGUUCAUAAGAAACUGCAGCCUUCCAGAAGUAACUCUUUUUCAUCAUGUCCGAGACAAGAGGAGAAGAGGGAACUGCUUCUGAAGGCCCACAGCUGCAAUGCAAUAGCUGAAGAAAAGGUUUUGCUCUCCUCCAGCUACUUGCAGAAGCUGCUUGGGAGGUCAGUCCUACAGAAUUCCCCUAAAGCAAUUGUGACCAGUUCCUUAAAAGCAGCUUCUCUUCCCGUUGGCUUGAACAGCAUCAGCAAAGGAAGAGGCUCAGAUACCUCACAAAGGGAAACUCAAAUAAACAGAGGCCUGGACCCCAUCAUUAGUACUGCAGUCCCACGUAUCAUUGUCAUUCCUACUUCUGAGACCAACCUCAUUGAAGGACAAGAAGAACAUGAAAAUGGAGAGGAGGAAGAGACUGAUUUAUUCCACUUUCGUGGCAAGAAUAAUUUGUUGGGCAUAGACGGGCUUAGCUCUUCCACAGAUUUCCUUGAAGCAUUUGAGAAGUUUCUGUCAUAAGUAUAAAAAAGACAACUUUCUGGUCAUUGUUUUCUUGGCUGCUUCUCCACAUUAUUAUACCAAAUAACUAAAGCCUUCUAGAUUAAAUCUUCAGACUUUUUGUAUAUUUGUAUUAUAGUCACUAGGCAGUCUUUGAAUCCAUCUUUGUUCAGACCGCUUCAGACACUGAAACAACCUUUUAGAUGGUGCUGCUAAAAUGAGCAGUGGAAUAUCUGGCAGCAAACUAGAAUGGCAUAUUUCAAGUCAACCUGCCGCUUCAUGGUUUUUAACAUAGAUGGGUGGAUGCCAGCAAAGAAAUAUCUAGCACCCAAUGAAUACUUCUCCCUACCUGGGUGCCCAGGAUGCAGUUUCAUGAUUCAACAUCAUUCCAAUACUAUUAUCUCUAGAAGGCAAUAGUUCCUGGAAUGUCAUCACAGGAUAAGCUAUGUAGUGUCUGCAUACACCAAGAUUUGUUCUUGACGGUAUGAACUUCAGAAGCAGUACUGCCCAAAAUUAUGGCAGACAGUAUAGCAGCACCCACUGAGUUGAUUAGUAAUGUGGACACCCUGUACCAGUCUCUCUUGCAAAUCUCUGUACAACCUCACAAUCAGAAGCACCUAUAUCUUUUUGACAAGUCUUUUAUUUUCUAGUAGAAAGUUUUCUGGACUAGCUAGAUGAAUGGAUCACUCAAUACAAAAGUGAUUAUUUGUUUAGAAGAUAAUAAGGGUAAGCAAGAGAGGCUUGGAUUUCAGCUGAGUAUUAGGACAGCCACCAUGCCCAUUCAGCAGAUUACUGACAGGAUUAGAGGUGUUAUACUGCCCCAAAAACAAAUUUUAAAGGCAUUUUAGAGUAUCUUGGGGUGCACAGUAUUGUUUAAGCAUGUGUGAACUGUAAUGACUCCUAUUCAAAGGGUGGAUUCUCACAAUUGGCUUGAAGACUCAUUGAUGAAAAUAAAACACCAACUGCUACAGUUCAGUUUUCUUGUUGGUGGCGUACAAAGGCGGUGGGCAGGUAUUAAGAGCUUUUUUUCCUCUCAGCUGCCAGUGAGAAAAAGAACAGGGAUGCAUAAACUUUACUGUGAGGACUAACUUUCCAAAGUACCUCAGAUGGAUUUCCUACCCCAACCUGAAGAAGAGCUCUGUGUAGCUCGAGAGCUUCUCUCUCUCACCAACAGAAGUUGGUCCAAUAAAAGAUAUUACCUCGCUCACCUUGUCUUCCUAUCCCAACUGUCAUUUCCCAGCUGCCCCAGUGGGGAUUGAGUAUAGUAGCAUAGGGCUACAUCACUGUAAAUGUGGGAUUUACUGCAGGAUGCCAAAUCACAUAUUUACUUGUGGAUAAUGGUUUUGUUUGUUUUAUCUUUGAUUCAUAUUAGUUCCUUGUGUUCAAAAUACCUUCCUAGCUUAGCAUUUUGUUCCUUGUGGUUUUGUUUCUUUCCCCAUUUUUCUUUUUUUAAACAUAUCCUCCAACUCUUUCUCAUUCCGUCUGUCACACCCACAGAUGGGAUGCACAAUGGAUUAAAUUCUGCUCUAUUAUGUGGGUUUAACUCCAUUGAAGAAAAUAGUUACUGGUGUAACAGAACAUAAUUUGUUUAACAGACUUCAGGUCAAGCAAACAGCUGACCUUGAGAAUUUGUUUUCAUAGUCUUCAUAAAAAUGUCCUGUUUUAUUCCAGUGACUGUGUUGUACAUUAACUGAGAGCAUUUCCCGGUUCUAUGCACACACUAAUAGCUUUUAUGAGCUAUUUCUUGCUUUUUCUUUUUUUCCCCCCUCCUGAUGUGGAAACCUUGGAGGCUUCUCUUUUUAAAUGAAAAACAAGCCACAUCUAGUUUGCAACUGUGUUAACAGUAAGUUAACUAAAGUAUAAACCACAACUGACCAAUCAAGGUGGGGGCUGGAAUGCAUCCACAAUGGCAUCAUGUAGAAUGAUGCUAGGUGUCAGUAAGAAAUGUUGAGAGACUUGAUGGGAUAGCUGAGGGUACUAGAGAGGUCUCUCUAGCUUCUUUGGUGCAUGUGGUGCUAUCACUGGACACACAGUGCUACCAUGACUUAAAAUAGCAUUGAAUGCUAUAAAAUGCUAUUAUGAACUCUCAGGAUACCUUAUUAGUAUUAAUUAAUACUUGUAUUACAGUAGUGUCAAGAUGCCCCAGUCAGGAUCAGGGCCUCAUAGUUCUAGGUGCUAUUAAAAGACAGUCCUUGCCCUGCACAGGUUACAAUCUAAACAAACUUGGAAACUGUUUUAACCAGUUAUCAUUAGAAAAUACCCUCCAGAGGAUGCUUUAAAAUAACACGACAAUAAUUCAUUUUGAAGUUCAUGAUAAUUUGUUAGGAAGUACAUUUGAAGUGCCCAGGACCAUGACUCUUUCUCCACUUCCACGCACCUGGAGCCAGCACUUUCUAGAGGUCAUUCUAGAGUCUCCCUUCCACCAGAAAAGUGGCAUAGAGAUGUACACUGUUGUGGGUGCUGUCUGUCUCUGGAGGUGAUCCAUUACCUACAGUAACUUUCUCUGCAAUUCCAUCCCUGAAAAGACUUUAUUCAUUCCAUCGUAGAUGCAGUUCAGACACACCUCAGAUUCCACUGAACUGGCUGGGGCAUCACUGCUACAGAAGAUUCCACGGGUCACCCCAGGAAUUGAAGAUUUCCAGCCAGUUGAGCUGAAAACUAUGACAUUUUCUUGGAGCU